CAGUGCUCUCGUCUUCAAAGGCUGCCGGAUCGUCCGAAGUCACUUAGAUUCGCAUUAGAUUCGCAUUCCGAUUACGCAAACGCCGCCGUUUGGUCGCGCGUCUAGCAUUUCGGAACGGCAUCACUGCCGUGUCAGCAAAUUGGAAUUACAAUGAGCAGAAUAUAUACAGGAGUCCGCCCUUUCACUCUUGAUGGCUUCAUCCCGUUGCUCAUUCCGACUCAACAUGUCUUGGUGGCCUCCUGGCAUCCCUUUCCUACUCCGCUACGCAAUGCCCUUGUUAGCUUAUUCUGUGAUAAUCUCCCAAGUGUUGCGACUCUUAUCCACUGCAUGGGGGAUUCAAAUAUCCAGUCUGUUCGUGUGGUGCACUAUCGUUCUCAGUGCCCCUUCUUUCGUCGCAGCACGGAUCAUAUUCAGGUAUUGGUGGGUUGCCCGCUCAGCAAGGCACGCCGGUGCAAUCCUGCCGCCUCGUUGGAUCGGUAAAUCUUUUGGGCACUUGGACGUCUUAGGCGAGAUGAUGCAUUCGUUGGAUCAUGGAUAUCCUGGCGACUUCGCUUGGCCAACGUUUGCGGAGCAUGGACCGAUAGCGCAGACAGACAUCCUGUGGGAUCGCAUGUAUAUUACGUGUGAUCCUCAGGUUAUAAAGACUAUCCUCGCUACGGAUUUUGACAACUUCAUCAAAGGAGAGAUAUUCUCUGGCUUCAUGAGCCCUGUCUUGGGCACAGGAGUUUUCAACUCGGAUGGUGAAAUGUGGAAAUGGCACCGUUCCAUGACGCGUCCAUUUUUCAGCAAGGAUCGCAUAAGCCACUUCGAAUUGUUUGACAAACAUUCCAACGAGGCUUUGCGAAAGAUGGCCGAGAGAUUAAGCGAAGGUCACGCUGUUGAUUUCCAGGACCUUGUCUCGCGGUUCACACUCGACUGCGCGUCUGAGUUCCUCUUUGGCUCCUGUGUGGACUUUUUGAGGUCACCCCUCCCCUUCUCGCACGAUGCAACAGGUUUCCUCUCCUCAAGCUCUCUAUCGCCCGAUACAACGUCAUCAGCCAUAGCUUUCGCAAAGGCAUUCCAGAGCGCUCAACACGUGUGCGCACAGCGCUCCUGGCGAGGAUGGGUAUGGCCGCUCUACGAAACGUUCGAAGAUAAGACUUCGCGGCACAUGCGCAGAGUGGAUCAAUUUUUUGAUCCACUCAUACGAGAGGCUUUGACCAGGCACAAUAAACAGGGCUCCGGCACCAUCGAUCGUGAGGACGCAGACUCUGAGGAUGGUACCUUUUUGGAUAACUUGGUGCGGUACACAAGUGAUCCUGUCGUGCUACAUGAUGAGGUCCUCAAUAUUCUCCUAGCUGGAAGAGAUACGACUGCAUCUUCCCUUACAUUCGCCGUUUACCUCCUUUGCAUGUAUCCAGCUGUAUUGUCUCGUCUACGGCAAGAGAUCCACGACGUGGUUGGCCUAUCCCGACGUCCGACUUACGAGGACAUAAGAGAAAUGAAGUACCUGCGAGCUGUAAUCAAUGAGACAUUGCGCUUAUAUCCCCCCGUUCCGUUCAAUAUCCGUUACUCCGUCAAAGACUGUGUCAUCCCUAAUCCGGAUCCCAAAGGACCGCCAAUAUUUGUUCCGGCCAAUACGCCUGUAUCUUAUUAUCCCUUCGUCAUGCAUCGUAGCACUGCAUACUGGGGCCCAGAUGCUAUGGAAUUUGACCCGGACCGUUUUCUUGAUGAUCGUCUGCAGAAAUAUCUUGUUCCGAACCCGUUCAUAUUCCUGCCAUUCAACGCGGGUCCCAGAAUUUGCCUAGGACAACAGUUCGCCUACAAUGAGAUAUCGUUCUUCCUCAUCAAACUGCUCCAGCGAUUCGACACGAUGGAGCUCGAUCUUGAAGCGCAACCUCCAGUGUCACGUCCACCGGCUGAGUGGGCGGGAGCAUGGGGGCGUAAAAACGUGGAGAAGAUCUGGCCCAAGGUACAUUUGACCAUGUAUGCAAAUGGAGGAUUGUGGGUCAGAAUGACGGCAUCUGGGAAGGAGGAUGCGUGACUAAAGAGUGAAAACACGUCCACUGAAGUUUGAAAUUCUGUUUAAGUGUAGCUGUUCGCAGCACAAUGUAUCAGCAAAGAUGAGUUGAAUGGAUACUGACCUUUGAGA